GGUUUAUGACUUCUCGGUUGUCACUGUUUUUCUUUCGUAAAUAAAUUAAAUUCGACAUUGGUAUUAACGCCAGGAUGUAUCCCUUCCCUCGCCCCACGCCUGCCCCUGUGUGCGGAGCCUUGCAGGGGCUUUGCUGAGGGCCGCCGUCUCGUGCUCGCUCUGGGCAGGGUUUUCAAGGUUGCAAAGUAAGACCUGUCAGCUGACACUUGCUCACGGGAGAGCCAUUAAGAGGGUGGUGGCCAAUGUCAGGACAACCUUGCAGCUGCAGGCGAGUCACCGGGUUUCACCCACAGCCAUGUGAGUCGUGUGCGGAGAUCUUGUGAUCAAUUAAUUGGCUACUUCAUAAUCUCCGGCCGGGCCACUACGGAGUGAGUCAGUCUAAGCCACUCAGCCUGUUGAGAGUCUUGUCUUUUGUAACCGGAGCACAAACCCAGGAACAAAAGUAGGCAGUGGGGCUUGGACUUGUUGGAUUCUAAUGGCUUUUCUGAGAGCCUGCUUUACAGAGUCUGACUUCCUAAAUCGAGGGGCUUCGUUUACAUAACAAGUGACUGUUCCUUUUUUAAAAAAAACUUCUGAAAGAGGAAAUUAGAGGGGUUGCUGCCAAGAAGCUUGUGUAACCUACCUUCUCUGUACAAGGAGUGUGCGGGUAUCAUAGGGACAGCCGAUCACUGCGGAAACCCCUCCAGCCAUAGGACCUUCCAAGUCCAUGAGGACAGUCAGAACCACCUGGAAGAGGGCUGACCCGCCGGGAGAUGUGCGGUUGCUCGGCCAGGACCACAGCCCAGCCGGGGGGCUGGCGAGACGCAGCCCGGGGUGUGAGUGAUGGGCGGCCACACAGAACGCUUUUCUGCACAAGGACACAGAAGCGUGUGAGAGUGGGCAGGAGCCCUGAUGCCCCGGAACUCAGCAACAGUUGGUCAUGCUCAGAGCUGGACCUGAACGAGAUUCGCCUGAUCGUUUCCCAGGACUGUGACAGGAGAGGCAGACAAGUCCUGUUUGAUUCUAAAGCUGUCCACACGACGGAGGAGGUGGCAGCUCAGAGAACGGAGGACCUCCCUGUGAAAGUGCCGGCCAAAAGCUGCCUAGGAGGCGGCCCUGCUGCUCAUGGCCCUUCAGGGGGAUCUUUACCACAUGCCAAGGAGCAGCUUCCCAAGUACCAGUACACACGGCCCGCCUCUGAUGUCAACAUGCUCGGGGAGAUGAUGUUCGGCUCGGUCGCCAUGAGCUACCAAGGCUCCACCCUGAAGAUUCACUAUAUACGUUCUCCUCCGCAACUGAUGGUUAGUAAAGUCUUCUCGGCCAGGAUGGGCAGUUUCUGUGGGAGUACAAACAACUUGCAAGACAGCUUCGAAUACAUCAACCAAGAUCCUAACCUGGGGAAACUGAACACGAAUCAGAAUAACCUGGGUCCCUGUCGGACCGGAAGUAACCUAGCACACAGCACCCCGGUUGAUAUGCCGAGCAGAGGACAGAACGAAGACAGGGACAGCGGCAUCGCCCGGUCAGCCUCCCUGAGCAGCCUUCUGAUCACACCAUUCCCGUCUCCAAGCUCCUCCACCUCCUCGUCCAGCAGCUACCAGCGCCGCUGGCUUCGGAGCCAGACCACAAGCUUGGAAAACGGCAUCAUCCCCAGGAGGUCAAUGGAUGAGACAUUCAGCUUAGCUGAAGAAACCUGCAGUUCCAACCCGGCCAUAGUCCGGAGGAAGAAGAUUGCCAUAAGCAUCAUCUUUUCACUGUGCGAGAAGGAAGAGGCACAGAGGAAUUUCCAGGACUUCUUUUUUUCUCACUUCCCCCUGUUUGAAUCUCACAUGAACAGGCUGAAGAGUGCCAUUGAAAAGGCCAUGAUUUCCUGCAGGAAGAUAGCAGAGUCGAGUCUCCGUGUCCAGUUCUAUGUCAGCCGUCUGAUGGAAGCUCUGGGGGAGUUCAGAGGGACGAUCUGGAGCCUGUACUCCGUGCCCAGGAUCGCCGAGCCCGUGUGGCUGGCCAUGAUGUCCAGCACCUUGGAGAGGACCCAGCUGUGCCAGCGCUUCCUCAGGGAGUUCACGCUUCUGAUAGAGCAGAUCAACAAGAACCAGUUUUUUGCUGCCCUGCUGACUGCAGUCCUAACCUACCACCUGGCCUGGGUACCCACCGUCAUGCCCGUCGACCACCCACCCAUCAAAGCCUUCUCCGAGAAACGCACCUCUCAGCUGGUCAACAUGCUGGCCAAGACACACCCGUACAAUCCUCUCUGGGCGCAGCUGGGCGACCUCUACGGAGCCAUCGGCUCCCCGGUGCGGCUGACGCGCACGGUGGUGCUGGGGAAGCAGAAGGACUUGGUGCAGCGCAUACUGUACGUGCUGACCUACUUCGUGCGAUGCUCAGAGCUGCAGGAGAACCAGCUGCUGUGGAGUGGGGGCCCCGCGCGAGGCGAGCAGAUGCUGCACGGGAGCAGCAUCACCACUGCCCUGGAGAGGGGCGAGGUGGAGGAGUCCGAGUACGUGGUGGUCACGGUGAGGAGCGAGCCUGCCCUCCUGCCGCCCACCCUGCCUGUGACCACGGCUGAGGGGUCGGCUGGGGUCCCGGUGGACGCUGACCCCAGAGACCUGUGUCCCCCACUUGACGGAGAAGGAGGCGGGGCCCUGGAGAAGAGCCUGACAGCCCACGGCGCAUGGAGACCUCAGGGUGCAUCGUGCGGGGAGGAGGAGAGUAAGGAAUUCCCUCGAGGCGGCUCUGCGAGGCUCCCCAGUGGUGCAGGUGUGGGCACGGGGCUGAAGAUGAGCCCUCCAGCCAUCGGGGCAGAGCCAGGAGGGGAGGUGCCCAAGAAGCUGCCAGACCGGUCAGCGGCCAGGCCAUGCCCUGAUGGACGUCUCCGGGACAGGCCGCCCUGGGAAAAAGUCACCUUCCACAUCGGGAGCUCCGUGUCUCCAGAGUCGGACUUUGAAAGUCGCACCAAAGCAAUGGAGGAGCGGCUACAGGCCUGCAGGUGUGCGGAGCCAGAGCCGGCGCAGGGACCCCCGGCCAGGCCUGGUGCGGCUGCCGUCCCAGCCCAGGAGGGCCGGGACCAGCGCGCUCCGACAUGCUCCCGGUCCCCUGGGGCAUCUGGGGGGGCCAGAGAUGUCAGGACCGAGGCUGCCGCGGAGGUUGCUGUGGCGCCAGAUGCACGUGCCGCCUGUGCACCUGCCAACCCCGCAGGCGUGCUGGUGAAGCCGGGGGGUCUGGGGGGCAAGGAUGCAGACGCGCCCGCGAUGAGCGGGUGCACCGCUCCUGUGCCCGGUGGCGAUGCCAGCUUCAGGGUGGAAGGUGGCCUCCCCCGGAAUGAGAGCUCUGACAGUGCCCUUGGAGACAGUGAUGACGAUGCAUGUGCAGCGGCGUCGCCGGACCUGGGUCCUGGAAGUGAUCCUGAUGCGGACCGUGACCAGAGCGAAGGGUCGCUAGAGGUGGAGCUGCCACUGCCCAGGUCUCAGAGCAUCAGCAACCCCAAUGUGAGAAACUUUGGCCGCUCCCUCCUGGCGGGAUACUGCCCCACGUACAUGCCAGACCUGGUGCUUCACGGGACCAGCAGCGAUGAGAAGCUGAAGCAGUGCCUAGCAGCCGACCUGGUCCACACGGUCCAGCAUCCCGUGCUGGACGAGCCCAUCGCCGAGGCCGUAUGCAUCAUCGCAGACACAGACAAGUGGAGCGUCCAGGUGGCCACGAGUCAGAGGAAGGCAGUGGACAGCACGAAACUCGGCCAGGACGUCCUGGUGUCAAGUCAGGUGUCCAGCUUACUGCAGUCCAUCCUGCAGCUCUACAGGCUUCACCUUCCCGCCGACUUUUGCGUCAUGCACCUGGAGGACAGGCUGCAGGAGAUGUACCUGAAGAGCAAGAUGCUGUCCGAGUACCUUCGUGGACACACGCGUGUGCACGUGAAAGAACUAAGCGUCGUGCUGGGGAUCGAGUCCAACGACCUGCCUCUGCUGACGGCCAUUGCGAGCACUCACUCUCCUUACGUCGCCCAGAUACUCUUGUAAGCUAAUGCUCAGGACAGCUCCUCCUUGAAGAAAAUCGGAUUCUCAGCCAGAGGAGGAAGGACGGCAGCUCCCUGCGACCACAAGGCGCCAGCAGGGCGGACGGACGCGGUCCUCCCCGCGCUGUGCUGUGUGAGGGGGAGUCGCUUCCCGGGUGCUGGCUGGAAGCCGUAGGUUUACUGACUCCAGGCGUCUGUGUUGGCAUGGGCAGUCAGGCCUCCAUCACCCUCGAUUCAGCGUGGGUGCUGAGGGCACAGCGGUGACCAGGGACCUGAGCAUGGGCCUGAGCGACGCAGGCAUCAUCGCUGCUAGAAACAUCCCAGAGUGCAAGUGUGAGCUCCCCAAGCUGGAGGAAGCGAUCCUGCUGUCCCGAGAAGGCGAUCAGCACGGGGACCCUGGGCACCAGGCACCGCAGUGUCGUGAAGCCCGUGUGUACUGCCUCCGCUCCGCUGGCUCUGGUGUCACCAUCUGGCAGAGUGCACGAGGGGGCUGGCUGUGGGGAGCAGAGCUCCAGGGACCCACUGCUUCCGGCCUUCCCCCACUUUCCCUUGUUUGAGAUGCAGCCACGGGUAGGUUAGGGAUGGACUGUUGGUGCAAUAAACCCGAGAAUCAAUGUAGCAUCCUCGUCCCAUCCACACAGUGCACAGCAGCGGAGGGCACAGUCCGACCCCUCUCGCUUCGUCCUGAGACUUCAGAGCUCUCAGCAGCCUUGUCAAAGGGGCCGUUUACCAAAGUUAUUUCUAUAAGCUCGAGAGCAUUUCUGUGGCUAAAUCCCUCCAGCUAAAGCCACCUUUUUCCUGUAACAGUUAAUACAGAUGACUAUUUACACUUUAAAAGGCACAGCUGUCCAGGUGGGAAGUGAAAUUUGCAACAGUUCAGGAUGACUUAUGAAUCAGUUUGAACAUUUCUAAACAAUCCAUCUAUGAGCUCAAUUUUUACUCCAUCAUCUCUGUGCCUUCCAAACCCUACAUCCUUUUCAAAACACCUUCCCAGAAAUUGACUGCCCUGUAGUAUAAAACCUGCCACAAGGCAGUAUUGCUUAAGUAUGAGCGUAGUUUGCUUUUUAAAAACGCUGAAUUUUCUGUUGAUACAAACUUUAGUUUACUGAUUGUGAAGCAGGCGAUGUCCUGACAUCCAGGGUAAAGGAAAAGACUAGUAAAUUGGUGGCUAAAAGGCAGGGCUAACCCUGUUAACAGCACACCUGUUAACACCUGCAGACCUUGAGGACGUUCAUUCUAACCAGGCUCUGAUCUCCUUCGUUAUAAAUCGAUGCCAAUCCUUUCCGUGUAGCUUCUGCACCUAAGUAUAUGAAACAACUUCCCUUUCAGGAGUUAGAAUACUCUGUCUUCAGAUUUGCUAUGUGAUAAAAUCCUAAUCCCAAACCCCAA